GCAUUAUUACUUUAUCCAGUUUAUUUCGUGUUACGUUUGCGUUAGCUCCAACCCGCCGGAUACAUGUUUUCCUGAUAUUAAUUCAAUACACGCUGUGCUCAAUUACAGUAAAAGUGAGUAGGGAGGAAGGCCAGUGAAGUGAACAGAAUAGACGUCACGUGAUACCGAGCAGCUGCAGUUUGCUGCACAUUCUCUCUCAGGACACCUCCUGCUUUCUCUCCUUUAUACAUUCUGAACUCUGCUAAAUGUUACGUUUACCGCAUGUGAAUCUUAACGAGACAUUAUGAUAUUGUUAGUGAGCGUGUUGUUAGUCGGGUAUUGUUCGGCUUUUAACAUAGACACUCAAACACCCUACGUGCUGUAUGGAAAUGGGGGCGAGCAUUUCGGCUUCUCAGUUGCUCUUCAUAAAACAGGAACUGACACGAGGUUACUGGUAGGGGCCCCAACAGCAGACACAUCACAAAAUGGCGUGGAUGAUGCCGGCACUGUCUACGCUUGCAGGAUACCCGACCCGAUGGAGGAGCCUAGACAAGCCACCAGGUGUUCCACCCAGGUCCCCUCGUUUGAUCCAACUGGUAACAAGUUUCUCAGUUUGGACGGGUCAGGCAACGCACCCCGGAACUCUGACGGAAGUAUAAAGUUUAACUAUGUCAAUGACGGUUACAUGCAAGAAAAUAAGACAGGACAGUGGAUGGGCGUGGCACUAAGGUCUAACGGUGAAUACGUAGUGGCAUGUGCUCACAGGUUCAUCAGAGUAGCUCACAACUACCGCAAAAACACUUUCGAUACCCAGCCCAUUGGCAAAUGCUCGGUAGUUUCCGGGGACUUGUCUAGUCAGUUAGCUGAAUAUAAACCUUGUUGGGGAGAUACGACUGGCUACGAAAUGUCAUCUUGUCAAGCUGGAACCAGCGUGGACAUCUCACCAACCUCCUUCGUCUUCGGGGGACCCGGAGCUUACAGAGGAGAAGGUAAAGCUUACAUGGGCAACGACUUUACAAAACCAGGGUCAACAGAGACUUCAAAACAGAAAGAGGGAGGAGAGGCUGGACAAUGGUACACGGGUUACAGUACUGCUAUCUGUGACGUUAACGGAGACGGUAAAGAUGAUGUUAUUACAGCAGCACCCCGAGCAGAGACCUACAUGGGCAAACUAUUCGUGUACACUAAAACAGGGGACAAGUUGAACAAACACAAGGAGAUUGACGGGAUGCAGAUUGGGGAGUACUUCGGCUACAGCAUGGAUUGUGGGGAUUUCAAUGGUGAUGGGUUGGCUGAUGUCAUAGUGGGCGCUCCCUACUACUCCAGAGACACUUCAGGACAAGCCCGACUACAGUCCACUGGACGAGCCUAUAUUUACUACGGUAGUCGAGAAGAAUACCUCUCUGACAAACCAACCAUCAUAGACGGAGGAGUUAUCCAGAACACACAGUUCGGUAGCUCGGUAAGAAGUGUCGGAGAUAUCAACAAAGAUGGAAUGGGGGAUGUGAUGAUCGGGGCACCCUUCGAUUCAAACGGUGUGGUUUAUCUAUAUCUAGGAACAGAAAGUGGAGUGGAGACAGAGCCCAGACAAACGAUCAGGCCUAGCGACCUGGCUGUGUCCAACACCAUCACCACUUUUGGGUGGAGUCUGGACGGAGGGGUGGACAUGGACGAUAACAGUUACCCGGACGUAAUGGUGGGAACUAUGAAUGGUCACGCUGUUUAUUUGAGAGCCCUGCCCAUCAUAGAUCUGGAGGCUGAUAUCGUUAUCAGCCCGGACACCCCCAUAAACAGAACAAACCCAGAUCUGAGGGUCAAUGUGCCUGAUAACCCUAGCUAUCAAGCAGCCGCAGUGGACAUCAAGAUAUGUUUCAAAUAUCUGAAGGGAGUUGUGGAUGGAACCAGCCAAGAAAUAGAGGUUAACUACACACUUAUCUCAGACUACAAAAACGCUAAAGGGUUCAGGAUGUACUUCAAGCCUAGCACAAGUGAUCCUAAAUCACAGAGGCUGAUGGGUAGAACAGUGGUGAGCACAGAUGGGACACAGUCUUGUACCUCAAUGUUCAAAUCAUACUUUAACGACGAGAUUUACGACUUCAGACAUAUUUACUUCAAGCUGGAAGCGGAUGUUAAGGACAGUCGGUCCUUUAGUAACAGGGUUACACUUAAUGAUAAACUCAUCGAUGCUGCAGAGGACAGAGUGGUAAUGCAGUCUGGGUGUACCAAACCCAGCGGGGUGUGUCAGGCAGACCUACAACUUUCUCCCAUACAGUUCGAGAUCAGCCCUAAAGGUUACGAAGCUAUCGCCAUUGAUCGAACAGAUUACGUUGUCUUCAGUAUAAAUGUUACAAACAAGGGAGAAGACGAUGCAUUCAGAUCGGAACUGUCCAUCACCCUGCCACGGAACAUCAUCUUCAACAGAAGGCAAGCUAUCGGAGGUCAGAGCGAAGAGGAUAUAGGACACAUCAAGUGCAUCACAAAACAAGACGAGGAUCUCACCAACAAGGUCAUCUGCUCUCUCUCCCAGGAACUACAGGUCGGAGCUAGCGAGAUAUUCGGCUUGUCCGUCAUUACCACUAAUAUCGAAGAUUUGUCCCAGAAGACACUCUUGUUUGAUUUCAAUGCAAGGGUCCAGGAACCCAGUGAAGAGCUAGAAACCCUACUGGGAGAUAACAACCAGAAGGUAACGAUACAAGUGGGGUACCCUGCUGGAAUAGAACUGUUAGGCAGACCUCUCAGAGAGAGACAACCUUACAGUAAUGAUGUAAAGGAUGACGGCUCCUCUCCAUCUACUGCUAAAGCUAUUGGUCCGGAUGUUAGACAUGAACUUGAGGUGAGCAUAGCAGAUGGAGCCCAGGAAGAAGCAUUUGAUAACGUAGUUCUGGAGGUAAACUGGCCGGAAUUCAUGGGAAACAACGAGGACUACCUGCUGUACCUGGUACAUGUCAGUAUUGAGGACCCUACAGAAGACAACACGUAUUGUGUCUCUAACGGUAUCAUUAACGACGCGGAUGUGAAGGAUAACACAGUACGUAAGAGGAGGGCGGCUGACAAGGAAACCCCGCAGGACCGACCCCCUGUGAACUGUGCGGACACUGACAUGCAGGGGUGUCGCAACUUCAACUGCUACAUUACCAGGCUGGACAAGGAUAACACUAUCAAGAUCAAGUUCUACGCGCGGCUCUGGGAGUCCACCUUGUAUAAUGUGGGUAAUAUCAAUGUCACGUCCUUCGUGAGUGUUACCAAGGUGGACCAGGAGGAUUUCGUGUUUGGUCCGGAGGGUAAGAGUGCGAUGAAGUCUCAGUUCUAUCCGAGCUCAGCCACAAGACGGAACUAUCUGUGGAUUAUCAUAGGAUCAAUUAUUGCUGGUAUUUUGUUGUUAGUUCUUAUCAUUAUUAUACUAUGGAAGUGCGGCUUCUUCAAACGUAAAGCACCACCAGCAGUCACAGCACAGGCACAUGAACAUGCGGCAGAAGGGUGACGUUAAACCUCAGAGUGAGGUUAAACCUCGGAGUGAGCUGCAACCUGACAUAACCUAAAGAACAACACCUUGAAACGUUUUGUGCUUAAUAGAUUAUAGGUGUUCUUAAUAUUGAUUAUUUGUACUUUUGUAUCUUUAAAUUGAGACUUAACCUGAUAUUGAGUUCAACCCCCAAAGUCAGAGGCAUAUUUUGAUAAAAUAUAAAGUUAUAUUUGAGUUCGUGUGUGUACAGUAUAUUGAUUUGAUAUUUUUGUAAACCAUCCUCUAUUUUGUACAUGUGGUUGAACAAUGCUUGGUCUCUAUAUCAAACAUAAUUGGAUUCAUUUCCUCACUCGCCAGGUCAAUGUACACGAUGCAAGUGUGUAAUCUAUACAUUGCUUGCUUUGUUUACACUCAUAGAGUGCUAAAUUUGGUAACAUGACAUUAAUUAAUUGAAUCUGUUGGAUAGCGAUUUGUAACAAGGAUAUUCAACUUGGGAUGAUCUGAUAAAUCUCUAAAAUGCAGUGAAGAUUGUGGUUUCUAUAUUUCGGUAAUUUACAAGCAACUUUACU